CAUUAUUGUCUAUGCGCCAGUGAUAUUUUCGGUGUGGUGGUUGAUUUACCAAUUUUCAUAUUAUUUGUCCCUGAAUAUAGGCGGGAAGCCGUAAUAUUCGGUAAAAACAACAACAAUGAGUGUAGAAGAGGAUGUUAUGAAAAUACAAAAGAAAUUAACUAAGAUGACUUCGGAUGACGGCACGGGUCAAGAAGAAGCAUUGGAACUACUAAAAGCUCUGCAGACUAUGGCUAUUAAUUUGGACGUAUUGACGAAAACGAGGAUAGGAAUGACUGUAAACGCUCUGCGUAAAUCUAGCAAGGAUGAAGAGGUAAUAUCCCUGUGCAAAACCCUGAUCAAGAACUGGAAAAAGUUUUUAUCCACUCCGAGUACUCCUUCAAAAGACAAUGGGAGCUCCUCAAAGUCCAAAAAAGAUGGGAAGGAUAAAGAUAAGAAGGAGGAAAAGGAAAAAGAUAAAAAACUGCCAGCUUCAUUCCCACCGCAAUCAAAUACUACUGAUGCUAUACGUAUCAAGUGCCGUGAGCUCCUCACUCAGGCACUUAAAGUGGAUGGUGAAAAUCCCAAUGCCUGUGCUUCAUCAGAAGAACUAGCUGAAGAAUUGGAGGAAUGUAUUUAUGCUGAAUUUAAAAACACUGAUAUGAGAUAUAGAAAUAGAAUACGCUCACGAGUCGCAAACUUGAAGGAUCCGAAAAACCCUUCUUUGCGUACAAACUUCCUCAAUGGAGUUGUAUCUGCAUCACGACUUGCUAAAAUGACUCCUGAAGAAAUGGCCAGUGAUGAAAUGAAAAAGCUGAGAGAGAAAUUUAUCAAAGAAGCCAUUGAUGAUGCUCAACUUGCAACAGUACAGGGUACAAAAACUGACAUGCUCAAGUGUGGUAAAUGUAAAAAGAAGAACUGCACAUACAACCAGCUUCAGACCAGGAGUUCUGAUGAGCCAAUGACCACAUUUGUCUUAUGCAAUGAAUGUGGCAACCGCUGGAAGUUUUGUUAAGACUGCUUCUCAUCUGUUUAGUUAAUAGCGUGUCUGUUAUAGUAUGGUACAUAAUUGUAUCAAGUAUAAUAAUAUAUUGUACUACCAUUUCUUUAUGAAUUAUAUUUUGGUUUCGCUAUUUUAACUGCAUUGACCUUUCUACUAUCACUAAGGAUUGAAUCAUGUUGAGUAGAUAAGGCAACUUUAGUUAACAUAAUAAAUUUAUUGCUUAAGUGAAAUUUACAAGUUUUAUUUGUAUUUUGGUCUUAGCUAUUAAGGGUCAAGUGGCAUUUAGUAAUGUUAAUGUGCAUAGGACAAUUUUACUCAUUUAUGUAUUUGUGUCUUUAUUAAAGAAAAUACAUGAUAAAACUUG